CUUUGGGUGUUAGACAAAUUACCCAGAGUUCAGCGCGCGUGGCGGUCUCUUCGUUUCAGAGCAACCGCAAACAAAAUGGCACAGAGCUACAAGAGGUCGACACUCGGCGGAGGUCAGAGGAAGAAGCUGGGCCCGAAGCCUGAGCUGACGGAGGAACAGAAACAGGAGAUCAGAGAGGCCUUCGACCUGUUCGAUGCAGACGGAUCCGGGACCAUUGAUGUCAAGGAACUUAAGGUUGCCAUGAGAGCACUUGGAUUUGAGCCCAAGAAGGAGGAAAUAAAGAAGAUGAUUUCAGACAUUGAUAAGGAUGGCUCAGGCACCAUUGACUUCAAUGACUUCCUCACAAUGAUGACACAGAAAAUGAGUGAAAAAGACUCCAAGGAGGAGAUCCUGAAAGCCUUCCGUCUCUUUGACGAUGACGAGACAGGUAAAAUCUCCUUCAAGAACCUGAAGAGAGUGGCCAAGGAGCUUGGAGAGAACCUUACAGAUGAGGAGCUUCAGGAAAUGAUUGACGAGGCUGACAGGGACGGUGACGGAGAAAUCAACGAGGAGGAAUUCUUACGCAUCAUGAAGAAAACAAGCCUGUACUAGUCAACACAUUCUUCAGAGAUAAUUCCAGAAAUUGACUAUGAACUCUUCCUUCACUGAUUUUGCAGUUUUAGAUUAGACAUUGAGUAUACAAACAUUUAAGACGAAGUUGACAGUUUCCCUGUGUAUUCGUUUCUUGUGAGCUAUCUUAAGAUGAUACAGGUACGCAAAGAAGUUGUAUGUUUUGAGUUAUAUGGGAGAGUAUCUGUUUUGUGAGAUGGUUCUGCUUAUAUGUGUACAUGAACUCCAUUUUAAGAUUUAUAGGUAUUGCAGGCUUAUGUAUGUAUAUUAUGCUGGUUUGCUUUUGUGGUGAAAUGAUAUAAAACUUUUGUAAAUUGAUAGGUAGUUGAAGUAUGUAUGUGCCAUUGGUCACUUGCACAAAUAGGGCUGUGUACCUAUUCAUUUGUAGCUGUAAACCUGUUUGUUAGAGGUUCAGACCUUAACUUCAAGUGUACCCAAACAAACUGAAACACUAGUAGACACCGGUUGAAUCCAGUCUUAAUGACACUUUUGACAAUUUAGCACUAGGAAUUAUGAAAAGUUGUAAAUUCUAUUGUUUCCAUCUGAAUAGCUAAAAACAAAGGUAUGAAAUAGUUUACCACUUAUAAGACAUUGUCUACAUGUAUGACUUCUAGGUCCGGACCUGUACCUAACCUGUCGUACUUGUACCUGAAAAUUCACUAGAUGCACAGCCCUAUGCACAAAGACUUGCUGGAAUAACACAGCCAAGUAACAGGCACCUUUGCUAUGAUUAACAACCGUCCAUAGUCACUUGACAUUAUUAUUGUAGGCAACAGAAUCUUAGUAGUUAGCACUGAUUGUAGUUUGUGUAUGUUAUUGUCUUGAAUUUCCUGACUGCUUUUUUAUAGCUUUUUCUGCAUACAAUAAACUAUUGGUUCUGAGUGCUCCACAUAUGUUGUACCUGGGUCAUACAAUAUUUCUCAAUACAUUCUUUUCAUUUGACGUCAUCUGCACCAUGUUGGAUUACAGUAUGCCAGUAAAUUGCAGGAAGGUGCCAUUGCUUAAGCCAAUUAUCCGUUAAUAUGGACACCAGGGGAUUCAAAUUAGAAUUAAAGUAAUACAAAUUAAAAAUAUGUGUGCUGCCCUUUUGCAAUUAAGAUUUUUUUUAAUGCUAAAUCAGUUGAAGUAUUUGGUAUAGGAGUGACUAUAUUUUUGUGUUAGGUGGCAAAGAUCUAAGCAUUGAAGUCAAGUAAGCAUUGGAUAGCACCAUUUUUGGCAACGCCUUGGGCAUUUACAUUUUUAUACCUAUGUUCACUGCUGUAUCCGACUGCAUUUACAAAUAAUUAUUUAUUCAUUCUCUGUUGCUGCCAAGGAUGAAUGUUAUAUAAUAUUAUAUACUCCUGAAAAUAAAAUUGAAGAUUUCAAA